AUGGAAUCUGAGGCCUUUGAGGAUUUGCAGAAGGGCGGCGGGGCCUUGCGUACAAUCAAGGAUUUGAGCGCUGGUGCCGCUGGUGGCAUUGCGCAGGUUCUACUUGGACAACCGUUUGAUAUUGUCAAGGUGCGGUUGCAAACCACCACGCAAUAUUCCAAUGCCUUGGAUUGUGCCAGCAAGAUCCUCAAAAAUGAAGGCCCUCUCGCUUUUUACAAGGGCACGUUAACCCCAUUGAUUGGAAUUGGUGCCUGCGUCAGUGUACAAUUUGGCGCUUUCCAUGAGGCUCGGAGACGUCUGGAGGAACUGAACAAGAAGAAAUAUGCCGUCAGCACGCUUUCCUACGGGCAAUACUAUUUGGCUGGAAGUUUCGCGGGUGUCACCAACUCCGUCCUCUCGGGGCCUAUUGAACACGUCCGUAUUCGCCUGCAAACUCAGCCUCACGGGGCGAGCAGGUUAUACAAUGGCCCGAUUGACUGCAUCAAAAAGCUCUCUUCGCAGGGCGGGGUAUUCCGUGGUCUUUUCCGUGGUCAGGCGGUGACCAUUCUCCGAGAGGCUCAGGCGUACGGUAUGUGGUUCCUGACCUUUGAGUACCUGAUGAACCAGGAUGCCAAGCGCAACAACAUCAAGCGGGAGGACAUCUCCAGCCUCAAGGUGGCCACCUACGGCGGUCUGGCGGGUGAGGCGCUCUGGCUGAGCAGCUACCCGUUCGACGUUGUCAAAAGCAAGAUGCAGUGUGAUAAGUUCGGUACCCAGCAGCAGUUCAAGAGCAUGAGGGAUUGCUUCAAAAAGACCUACGCUGCAGAGGGAUUCGGUGGCUUCUGGAAGGGGCUGGGCCCGACCCUUCUGAGAGCCAUGCCCGUGUCGGCAGGAACGUUUGCGGUGGUCGAACUUACCAUGAGAGCUUUAGGUUAA